AGCCAUUCCAUCCCUCGCCCGGCUCGCCCGGCGAUCCUGGCGCCGAUCACAGCUCCCCGGUCUGCGUACGCACCGCAGGCUGCACCUUCGGAGACCCAGCAGCAUGCCAGAGGCGAGAACGACGCGCGGCUCAGUCGAAGAUGUCUCGGCCGAACAAGACUUCAUGAAUCUUGGCCGCUGGCUCAUGGAGAACACGAGCGAUAAAGAGCUGACGGUGCUCAUGGCGCAGCUCGGCCUGGCGUGCAAGGCCACCUCGCGCGCGUGCGCCAAGGCGGGCAUCGCGGGCCUCUUUGGCCUGGCGGGCGAGGUCAACUCGACUGGGGACGACCAGAAGAAGCUCGACGUCCUCUCCGACGAGAUCUUCGUUUCGGCGCUGAUCAACUCGGGCGCUUGCGCGGUGCUCGUGUCGGAGGAGCGCGACGAAGCCAUCAUCGUGCCCGAGGAGAAGGCGGGCCGCUUCUGCGUCGCCUUCGACCCGCUCGACGGCUCCUCCAACAUCGACUGCAACGUCUCGACCGGCACAAUCUUUGCCGUCUACGAGAAGCUGCACCCCGACUCCAAGGACUCGUCGGAGGCGGACAUUCUGCGCACCGGCACCGACAUCGUCGUGGCAGGCUACUGCAUGUACGGCGCCGCCACCGAGCUGGUGCUCUGCUUCCGGUCCAACGACGCGGGCGUCGAGCGCUUCUCGCUCGACCCGUCGCUCGGCGAGUUCAUCCACACGCACACGGCCGUCAAGAUCCCGCCGGGCGGCGGCAAGAAGAUCUAUUCGUGCAACGAGGGCAACUCUUGCAACUGGGACGCGCCCAUCCUCGACGCAGUCGCGCAGUUCAAGGCGGAGGGCUACUCGGCGCGGUACGUCGGCUCGAUGGUGAGCGACGUGCACCGCACCAUCCUCUACGGCGGCAUCUACAUCUACCCGGCCGACAAGAAGUCGGCCAAGGGGAAGCUGCGCGUCCUCUACGAGGGCUUCCCGAUGGCGCUCAUUGUCGAGACGGCGGGCGGCAUCGGCUCCACCGGCCUCUUCCAGGGCAAGGUGCAGCGCAUGCUCGACCUCGUGCCCGGCAGCAUCCACGACCGCUGCCCCGUCAUCCUCGGCUCGCCGCGCGACGUCAAGCUCGUGCUCUCCAAGUACGAGGCCGGCAACUAAUACUAGCGGCUCGGGCGAUGCCACCCUCCUUCUCGCCCUCGCUCUUCUCGUGUGAUGGAUACGGUGCUGACGCGGAGGCCGCACGGAGGCGUGAGGGGGCGGGGGGCGCCGCGCGUGAGACGACUGCCUGCGUGUGAGACGACUGCGUGUGGUGGAUGGGCGUGUGAGUCUGUGGCACUGCUGCGCGCGAGAGUGGAGGGAGCGGCAUGGGGAGCGGAGCCGUUGAUCGUUGGUCCGCGGUUGUAAUCUACUUACUGUAACAGAGUGACUUUCGCGUUGGGAUC